AUGGCAGAAAUGAAACUCAGAUGUCCUAUUACAGAUAAAUAUGAGGUUCGUGUCGUCAACAAUCUUCCCAAUACUCUAAGGUUGCACUGUGCAUCUGGAGAUGAUGAGCUUGGAUUUCACAACCUCUACGUAAAUAAAGAUUUUCACUGGGAAUUCUGUGAGAGCUAUCUUGGCAACACUUUGUUCUUCUGCCAUCUUUUUUGGGGUUCAAAGGAUAUAGCUUUCGAUGUUUUCAAAUCGAAAAAGAAGAGGAGGUGCCGUCGAGGUGCAUGCUACUAUGCAGCGAAGCCAGAUGGUAUUUAUUUCUCUGGAUACUAUCCUCCGAGAACUUUAGAAAAAAUAUAUGAUUGGAAAACUAGCCAUGUCGAAUGA